CUACUACUAUUUCUGCAUAUCACUACGUUUCCUGUCCCCAUGCAGGACCAGUGCUUCAUCAGUCCGGCCAGUUUGGUGUUUGUGUACCUGUUAUGCAGAGAGGCGGUCAACGAGGAUGUGUCUUCAGAGCAGGAGCUCCACGCUACCUUCCUCACUUGUCUCUACCUGGCGUACUCCUACUUGGGCAAUGAGAUCUCGUACCCGCUGAAACCUUUCUUAGUGGAGGCCAGCCGCGAUGCAUUCUGGGAGCGAGCGCUGGUGCUGAUUGACUGGUUGAGUGCUGAUAUGCUGCGAAUCAACGCUGACCCACAUUUCUUCACCGAGGUCUUUCAGGACCUGAAAAACCAGGGAGGAUCAAGGCAGAAGAAGAAAGAUGGUGAGAAGCAGGAGAAAAAAAGAGAGGACGACAGUCGAAAACUGAAAGUCAAGCGGGCGAAAGAGAAUGAGGGAGGAGAACAAAUUGAUGGUCUGGAUCGUUAGAGAUGAAAAAGAAAGUGAUAUGGAGUAAAACAAAGUAACACAUUAACAUGUAUUUGUUAAUGAGAGCUCACUCUUGUGAACGAAACCGUCUGUACCUGCAGCGUUAACACAAUCACCAUGGCGACUGAAGUUCAGAUGUCUCAACAGUUGGGUUGACUGUGACCUUUGACUUCCUGCUCAAAACAAAGUCAACAUUGUAUGGCAUGCUCUCAUUCAAACCAACAGUAUCCUCUGAAUCUAGAAGUAGAUGAAUUUCCAUGGCAAUUUGACACAUAAUCUCAAUCCAUAAUUUGUUUCUUUGAAUAGCUGAAGAAGAAUUCAUGUGUUAAGACGGAAUGUAUUUAUUAAUCACCAUAGAGAGUAAACCCAUCAGUUAAAGAACAGCUUAAUUAAAGGAUGUGACGUGAGAUUGUAGUUGGUAUCUAAGCUUCCGGGAUCUCCAGGCUAGAGACUGUUGAGCAGGUCUUGAGGAUCCUUCAUUCUGGCUAUCUAUUUUAAUAAGCUAUAAUUUGAAAUAAUUGACAUGGUUCUGUUUACACUUUGAUAAAUAAAUAGUCGGGAUUAAAUAAUUGCAAAAGCCGAGAUGAGAAGCAAACCAACGUGUUGUAACCUUGUGAUCAGCUGAUGUGAGUUUGAUGUUUUCUGUCCCGUUUUCAUGUCAUAAGGCUGAAUCUUACACCAGUCUGGUUAACUGAAGUGUGCAAAGUGUUUUAAUAUAGAAAUCCAACCACUCUCCUAACGACUCAAAUGUCUGUCGCCUCUUAUUUCCGGUGUCUUAUUUCCACUGUCAUGUGAUCUGUGCUAGUCUCUCUUCUCUGACCCAUCAAUUCUGUUCUAAAAUGUAGCCAUAUUUGAUAAAAUUAUAAUGGUUGGUCCAUGCGU